AUGGAAAUGGACGACAACACCAUCGAUGACGUUAAGAGCAGUUCGUUCAUAAACGUAACCCUUGCCUUCUGGACCAAUGAAAACGGUGUGGCCAUUGCUGCCCAACCACUGAUCCAGAGGCAUACCAACAACAACACAACCAGUACUGAUGCCGAUCCACGCGAUAGACUGUCGGACAGUGCCGGACACAGUAGUGGUAGUAGCAGUAGUAGUAGUAAUGAUCGAUAUACUAAUAACAGGCCAACAGUUCAACAUCUUAUAUCCAAACUAUUAACCGAUCAUUUGUUAGUCAGUGAUUCCGUCGUCAAUGAUGAUGAACCAGACGGUGCCGGUGCUGGUGUCAGUAGCGCCGGUGGAUCUAAUAGUUUGGUUACAAAUAUUAGCCGACGAUUAGUUGAUAAUCUGACAGACAAUUUGACAAACGAAACACUAUUAUUGUGUUCGCCAACCGAUCAGUUAACAAAUGACUGUUUCUGGACUAACGGUACGCUCAAUGGCACCGACCUAUCGUCGGCCACACAUCCCGACCGAGUCUAUUGGGCAUUGUUUCUGGUGAUACUACCGAUUCUGGCACUGUUUGGCAAUAUUCUUGUUAUUAUGAGUGUCUAUAGGGAGCGGACACUGCAAACUGUCACCAAUUGGUUUAUAGUUAGUCUGGCAUUUGCCGACCUAUUUGUUACCAUUCCUAUGGUCUUCUCGUUGUACGUAAUGGUAAACGUGGACUGGGAGCUUAGCGAUGCCAUCUGUGAUCUUUAUAUAGCCAUUGAUGUCAUAUGCAGUACGGCAUCAAUAUUCAAUUUGGUUGCCAUCAGUUUUGAUAGAUACAUAGCUGUAACGCAUCCAAUAUUUUACUCAAAACAUAAAAACGAUAAGAGAGUUAUUUUUACGAUAUUUAUCGUUUGGAUUUGCUCGGCCGGUGUCGGACUGCCAAUUGUUUUAGGUGCCAAUACGUCCGAUGAACGGAUCCCGGAGCUGUGCAUAUUUUACAAUUCAAAUUUUAUCAUUUACUCGAGUUUGUGGUCAUUUUAUGUGCCGUGUGUCAUAAUGGUCAUACUAUACUAUAAGAUAUUUAAGGCCAUUCACAAUAGGGCCAAAAAAUCGAUCGGUUCCCGUAAAACCUAUACUACCGAUACGUCCGAGUCGUGUAAAUCGGCUCAAGUUAUCGAAAACAUUGCACAAACCAAACGCUACGAACUACAGGCGGCCGCUGCAGCCGAAGCUGCCGCCCGAUUGGCCGCCGCUAAUAAACUGAAGACCAACAAACUGCCGCUGAUCACGGAAAUGACAGACGCCGUGACCAAUACGGGCAGCGGUGGCAGUCGUGAAGAUGAUGAUGACGACGACGACGAUGACAAGGAUGAGAUUGAAAUGGUUGAAUCGUGUCGUGUAAUACGCAACAAACGGGCCGUCGAUAUGAUGGUAACCACUGAUGAUACGGAGCUUCGGGAUUUGCGUGCAGUUAACAAACGCAAUGCCAAAAAUGUGAUCCAAUUGCAGAGUCCGCUCGAUGUUGAGGUGACCAUUGGACCAAAUGGUAAUACCAAUACUGAUUCCGGUUACGCCCCGUCAUAUGCCCCGUCACUACCUUCCACUGUUAUUGACGACACAGUUUUGUCACAGUUUUGUAUCCACAACCCUAACAUAGAAACUCCUGUACCGGCCGUUACAAUAGAUACAAACGAUGUCGUCGGUGUUGCCAGCGAUGAGGCAGCAGUUGUUGUCGGCGACAAUCCGAUAGUAUCAACCACUACGGCAUCGCCGUCACUGCACGUUGUCGGCCAUAAUCAUCAACUGCUACAACAACAGCAACAACAUCAGCAUCAGAGCAAACACAGCGAUAGUGUGUCGCACUCGCACUCGCAUUCCGGCUCUACUACCGGAUCGACUACCGGUGCCACACAUAAUGCCACUCAUAGACCGCCAAAAAAGAAGUCGCGAUUCAAUUUGGGCCGAAAACACAAAAGCACGCGAAAGAAAAGGGAAAAAGCGUCGGCAAAAAGGGAACGUAAGGCCACAAAAACGUUGGCCAUUGUCUUAGGCGUUUUUCUUCUUUGUUGGACUCCUUUCUUCAGUUGUAACAUUUUAGAUGCCAUUUGUAUAAAAUUAGUUGAAAAUCAUUUUAUACAAACCGAUUGUAGGCCAGGGAUGACAUCUUUCCUAUUGACCACAUGGCUCGGCUACAUGAAUAGCUGUGCCAAUCCAUUGAUUUAUACAAUUUUUAAUCCUGAAUUUCGUAAAGCAUUUCGAAAAAUAUUAGCACAAAUAUUUUAA